CGUCGGGCUACGCGGGGAGAGAUGCUCAUGCUUUUAUAUCACACCUGCACGACAGAAAUAACGGAAUGGUAGCAUACCAUCCAUCGAGAACAAAUAUACAAGAACCAUGGUACCAAGACGGGAGUAGUUGUGAGACCGAGGAGUUUAACAUGUUUCCUCAGAUCGAAUCGACAACACAGGAGGAUGACGUCAAAACGGAAAACUCGUCUAUGUGCUGUUCCUACGCUCCUGCUCACCACUCUUGUUUUGAAAGGAAUUCCGGAAACGUAUAUAACGGCCAGGUUUUAGUAAAGAAAGAGCCUAUGGAUUCGGGUACAGCAGCCUAUGAAGGGAGCUGUUCUUACACAAGCCUUUUCUCGUGCAGAGACAAGCAUCAGCACGAUGGUGUGACAAGAAAAGAUGUGAUUAUGAGCCCCGUGCCUCAACGAAGAGGUGCUCUUCAGCUGUGGCAGUUUUUAGUUUCACUACUUGACGAUCCAACGAAUUCAUCCUGCAUUGUAUGGACUGGCCGAGGACUUGAAUUUAAACUAGUCGAACCAGAAGAGGUUGCAAGAAGAUGGGGAGUCCAGAAAAACAGGCCCGCAAUGAACUAUGAUAAAUUGAGCAGAUCACUUCGGUACUAUUAUGAAAAAGGGAUCAUGCAAAAGGUUGCAGGAGAACGCUAUGUAUAUAAAUUUGUCUGCGACCCUGAAGCGUUGUUCAACAUGGCAACAUACGGGGCUGACUAUAGGAAAACCGAUUCAAACAAAGGCUACAGUGAAAUGCUCGCUAUUUACGGUGGCAGUUACCAAUACAGUCAGCAAAAUAAUGACUACCCACAAGAGACAAACUACCCUUAUAGUUACCAUAGGUUGCAGAGACAACACCAGAACAAUACAAUAUCUGAUAAACCGACCUCGAGUUCAAUCGAACAUGGUAAAUCCGAAUCUUUCUGCCUCAGUGUUGGCAGUUGUAUUUGAUAAUUGUGAUAUAUUCAAUGUAUAUUUAUAUCUUCAUGUCUGCAAUAAAUGUAAAUAUUAAAAUAAACCUUAGUUAAAGUAAAUUAUAUUAGUAGUUUUUCUUUUAGGCGUAGAAUGUCUUAACAUUCUUAGAUCUUCAGGUCGAAUCAACAGGUCUUUUGAGUCCUACACACUGAAAUGAACAAGAUUUAAAUAAAUAUUGAAGUUUUUUUAUUUGUUCUUUUAGUAUUGACAUUAAAGGUGUGUGUAUUGAUGAAUUAACUCAAAACAGACACAAUAACUAUAUUAAAUUUUCACUAAUUAUUGGUAUGUACAUAAAAUAUAGAUUAGCUGAUUUCACUGGUAAACACAAGUCUUCUUUUACUUUUCAUGAUGGUGGGAAAAGACCAAUGCAGUGUGGCCAUCAGCCACAGGUGGAUUAUGUUGGCAUAAUUGUAUCAGUUCACUGUAGUAACUAAUGUGUUUGAUAUCAGAUUGAAAUGUAUCAGCGGUACAUUCUUCAUCACCAUUGUAACUCUUUCCAUGGCAAAGUGGCUCGAAUGAAUUGUGAUCUAGUUGGCAUGUCGAUCUUGAAGGUGCUGGCAAAAAAAACUAGGAAUAUUAUAAUUGGUUAGUUAGUGGGGGUCUAUAAAGCAAUAAUAAUUGUAUUAAUUCACUGUAUUAACUAAUGUAUUAAUAUCAGAUCGAAACCUAUCAGAGUAUUUGUGAGACAAAUACUUCGUCAUUUCCAUUGCAACCUCCUUCCAUGGUGUUGCGGCUAGAAUGAGUCGUGAAAUCUAGAUGGCAUUUUGAUCUAGAAGACACUGGUGAAAACCUACUGAGAAGAUUAUAAUUUGUUAGAGGGACUAGACAAACUAUAACCAUUUUAUUUAAGUAAGUGUAUUAAUUAAAUUAUAUUGGGUUGUCCGGAAAAUAAUGCAG